AGCGCGGCCCUCCCCUCUUCCUCUGGCGUCGGUUCCGUUCACACAGCUCUCUCUCCGCUGCCGCCGCUCCUCCCCGCCGCUCUCGCCCGUCUGCGCUCCGGGCCGCUCGGGCGUUUUCUCUCUGCCUUAAAGUCGGGUGUCUUUUAUGAAUAAUCAAAAGCCGCAGAAGCCGACACUAUCGGGCCAGCGUUUUAAAACCAGAAAAAGAGAUGAAAAAGAGAGGUUUGACCCUACUCAGUUCCAGGACUGUAUUAUUCAAGGUCUAAGUGAAACUGGCACUGACUUGGAAGCAGUAGCGAAGUUUCUUGAUGCUUCUGGUGCAAAACUUGACUAUCGCCGCUAUGCAGAAACACUUUUUGACAUCCUGGUGGCUGGUGGAAUGCUGGCCCCAGGUGGUACCCUGGCAGACGACAUGACACGCACAAACGUCUGUGUAUUUGCAGCACAGGAAGACCUAGAAACCAUGCAAGCAUUUGCUCAGGUUUUUAACAAGCUCAUCAGGCGUUACAAAUACCUGGAGAAAGGCUUUGAGGAUGAAGUCAAAAAGUUGCUGCUGUUCCUGAAAGGGUUCUCAGAAUCUGAGCGGAACAAACUGGCCAUGCUGACGGGUAUUCUGCUGGCCAAUGGGACGCUGAAUGCAUCGAUUCUCAACAGUCUUUACAAUGAGAACUUGGUUAAAGAAGGUGUUUCUGCAGCUUUUGCAGUCAAGCUGUUCAAAUCAUGGAUAAACGAGAAAGAUAUUAAUGCAGUGGCUGUCAGUCUUCGCAAAGUAAACAUGGAUAAUAGGCUGAUGGAACUCUUCCCAGCCAACAAACAAAGUGUUGAACACUUCUCCAAGUACUUCACUGAAGCAGGACUAAAAGAACUUUCUGAGUAUGUUCGGAACCAGCAAUCCAUAGGAGCUCGGAAGGAGCUGCAAAAGGAACUGCAGGAGCAGAUGUCACGGGGAGAUCCGUUCAAGGAUAUCAUCUUGUACGUGAAGGAGGAGAUGAAGAAAAACAACAUCUCGGAACAGACUGUGGUAACCAUAAUCUGGUCAAGUGUAAUGAGCACGGUGGAAUGGAACAAAAAAGAGGAGCUGGUAGCAGAGCAAGCCAUUAAGCAUUUGAAGCAAUACAGCCCUCUACUUGCUGCCUUCACCACCCAAGGUCAGUCAGAGCUGACUCUUCUGUUGAAGAUUCAGGAGUAUUGUUAUGACAACAUUCACUUCAUGAAGGCCUUCCAGAAAAUAGUGGUGCUCUUCUAUAAAGCUGAAGUUCUGAGUGAAGAACCCAUCUUGAAGUGGUACAAAGAUGCACAUCUUGCUAAAGGAAAGAGUGUUUUUCUGGAGCAGAUGAAAAAGUUUGUUGAAUGGCUCAAGAAUGCUGAAGAAGAGUCGGAGUCUGAAGCUGAAGAAGGUGACUGACCUGUGAAACUCUGUCCUCAGUAAAGCAAACAGGAGCUGUAGAUAAGCAUCAUGUCUCAUGUGUCCUUCUGAUUCUUACAUCCUACCUCCCUGUAUCAAGCAUGAUAUAAGGGCUCUCAUGGCAAUUUAUUUUAACUGUUUUCUAUAGUUACUGAAAUACUGGAUUUAGUUUUUAAAACCAUGUUCAAGUAGCUUACUGGAGCUGUUAUAGAUUUGACUCUAACCUGCAUUUGUCCUUUCAGUUACCUUCUACCUCCUGUAUUUUCUACUGUAAUAAUGUCAUUUAAGGCCUUCCACAGUUAAAUCCACCUUACCCCUUGGGAUUUCUAUCUGUAUUGGAGUAGAUGUGAUAUGGUGAAUGAGACAGGGCAGUUCUGCUUGCAAAUUAAACUGUAAAAAGCCUCCAAGUGAA